GGAAGAACUGUCUGGAGAAAGACAAUGUCAGGGCUACAGGUGCCACACACGCAGUUUGUGACCUUGCCUAUUGGCUCUUCUGUGACAAUCAGAGGAACGACUCUCCUCCCUUUUGUCAAGGACCCACAGCUGCAGGUAGAUUUCCACACUGGAACAUCCGAGAGUUCAGACAUCGCCUUCCAUUUCCGAGUGUACUUUGGCCAUUUUGUGGUAAUGAACAGCCGUGAGAAUGGGAGCUGGAAAUGUGAGGUGAAAUCCUCUCACAUGCCCUUUGAGAAUGGCAAACCAUUCAACGUCCGCAUCCUGGUGCUGCACAACGAGUACCAGGUGGUGGUAAAUGGCCAACACAGUUACACCUUUGCCCAUCGAAUCCAGCCAGGGUCUGUGAAGAUGGUGCAAAUAUGGAGAGAUGUCUCUUUGACCUCAGUGAAUGUCUGCUAGAGAGGGAGGUGACCAGAUUCCCCAUUUUCAAGAAGUCCCUCUUUCUAUAUGACCUUGGAUUCCCAGACCCUGCUUACAGAAUAAUCCCUCCUCACCUGUCCCCCAUAUUUGGUCAUUAAAAU